AUGGCAGAUCUGACACCAACACAUAUCAGCUGGCAGCCAUCAGUAAACGCAAGCACACACCAUACUGACAGAUAUGCCAAUGCUGAGUUGACUGUGAGGCGAGGACAAGCCUUCACUAUUACCCUGUACUUCAACAGACCAAAGCAGACUGGGGAGAACCUAGCAUUUGUCACUGAAAUAGGACCAUCCCCCUCAGAAUCUCAUCGUACAAAAGCUGUAUUUAACCUCUCUGAGGUGGGGGCAAGUGGCUGGAGUGCUGCCCAAGGACCCAGUGAGUCUGGCUAUAUGAACUUUACAAUAUCCAGCCCAGCCAAUGCUGUCAUUGGACGAUACAAUCUCAUCCUUCAAGUAACCUCAGGGAACAAGAUCUUCUCCAGAUUCCUGGGGCAGUUUGUGUUACUCUUCAACCCUUGGUGCCCAGGUGAUGAUGUCUACUUGGCUAAUGAAAAUGAGAGACAAGAAUAUGUUCUAAAUGAAAAUGGAAUAAUCUUUGUGGGCAAUGCAAAGUACAUUGAAGCAAGAGGAUGGUACUAUGGACAGUUUCAAGAUCACCUUCUAAACAUCUGUCUUACCAUGCUUGAUCUGAGCCUAUACUAUCGUCAGGACCCAGCCAUUGAUGUAUCCCGAAGAGGAGAUCCUAAAUAUGUGGGCCGAGUAAUCAGUUCUAUGAUCAAUGGAAAUGAUAAUGAUAAUGGAGUUCUCCUGGGAAAGUGGCAAGGAAGUUUCCAUUCACAUGAGAAUCCAUCCAGAUGGGAUGGCAGUGUGGUAAUCCUCCAGAAAUGGCGUCAGGACAACUACAAGCCUGUUCAGUAUGGCCAGUGCUGGGUUUUUGCAGGCGUGAUGUGUACAGUUCUGAGGUGCUUGGGGAUUCCAACUCGUUUGGUUUCAAAUUUUAACUCUGCCCAUGAUGUGGAUAGAAAUCUGAGUAUUGAUAAGUACUACGACAGCUCUGGAAAGAGUCUUAAUAUCAGCAAGGAUUCCACAUGGGAUUACCACGUCUGGAAUGAAAGCUGGUUCAUUCGCCCAGACCUGGGAACAUCAUACAAUGGAUGGCAGGUUUUAGAUGCGACUCCACAAGAACAAAGCAGAGGAUUAUUUCAGUGUGGCCCUGCAUCUGUCACAGCCAUCAAAGAAGGUGAUGUAGACUUGGAUUAUGACACCUUAUUUGUGUAUACGGAGGUGAAUGCCGAUUGCAACAGAUGGAUUGUAUACAAUGAUGGAACUAAGAGAAGAGUUUAUUGUGAUACUGAAAUAAUUGGCAGGUUUAUAAGCACCAAAGCUGUGGGCAGCAAUUCCCGUGUGGAUGUCACCUGUAAUUACAAAUAUCCAGAAGGUUCUUCUGAGGAAAGACGAGUUUAUAAAAAGGCCUUAGCCAAGAUAUUUGGAUCAAAUAUCACAGAAGGACACACAGAAUCUCCAGAUGAAAGAUCUUCAGAGACAAUUAGAAACCCUGGGAUCUCUGGGAAAUUCAAGCUGGCUGAACCUCCAGUGUUUGGCAAAGACAUUACCCUAAUCUUAAUUCUCAAUAACCUAUCUUUUGACCACAAGACCGUGAAGGUGGACAUGAGUGCGUCAACCAUCCUGUACACAAGGAGACCAGUGGCAGAGAUCCUGAAGGCAACCACUUCUGUGGAUCUUGGUUCUAAACAAGGGAAACAUAUCCAGUUAAAGAUCCCUUAUUCUUAUUAUGGAAAAUAUCUGACUACUGACAAAAGGAUCCAAGUUACUGCUUUGUGUGAAGUCAUGCACAUGCAUGGGGUAAAGUUGCUGGUGGAGAAGACAAUCAUUUUAGAAGACACAAACAUUAUCAUUAAGAUUCCUCGGCGGGUUGUAGUGAACAAAGCUGUUACUCUAGAGAUCUCAUAUGCCAAUCCCCUCCCUGAACCUGUGAACCGCUGUGUACUACUAGUGACUUUGAUGAAUCAACAGGUCAAGAUACAUCUGGCACAACUGGCACCAAGGGAGAGAUCAAAAAUUUAUUUUGAAUUCACACCUCGCAGGACUGGGCCCUUACAGCUGCAAGUAGACUUCUCUUGUGACAAAUUUUCACAUGUCAAGGGAUUUGUAACCAUUGCAGUAGCACCUGCAUAA